AUGUUAUCAACUAAUUUUGGUUAUGAUGAUGAUAGAGGAGAUUACAAGAUCAUCCUUCAGGAUCAUAUAGCGUAUCGUUACGAAGUAGUGGAGGUGUUAGGACGCGGCUCCUUUGGUCAGGUUGUCAAAUGUUUCGAUCAUAAGCUAUCUCAAUGGGUGGCUAUCAAGUUAAUCCGUAAUAAGAAACGAUUUCACGCUCAAGCUAUGACAGAAAUUCGUAUUUUGGAAAAGCUGGUUGAGUGGGAUCCUGACGAUCAAUACCAUACGAUUAAAAUGACAGACUAUUUCUACUUUAGAAAGCAUUUGUGUAUUGCAUUUGAGUGUUUGACAAUGAAUCUGUACGAGUUCAUCAAGAUGAAUCAUUUCCAUGGUUUUAGUUUGCAUUUGAUAAGAAGAAUUGCUAUGCAACUUCUUCAGUCACUUACUUUACUUGCCAAGCAUGACGUGAUUCACUGUGAUCUAAAACCAGAAAACAUCAUGUUAGAACACCCAGCAAAAACUUCCAUCAAAGUUAUUGAUUUUGGUAGCAGUUGCUUUGAAUCUGAAAGAAUGUAUACAUAUAUACAAAGUCGCUUUUAUAGGUCCCCUGAAGUCAUUCUAGGCUUAUCGUAUCAUAAAGCCAUCGACAUGUGGAGCUUUGGUUGCAUCGUGGCCGAGUUAUACACAGGUUUACCUUUAUUUCCUGGUGAAAAUGAACAAGAACAACUAAGCUGUAUUAUGGAAAUGAUGGGUGCGCCUGAUAAAUAUCUUGUGGAUCGUUCAUCACGUCGGAAACUUUUUUUUGAUUCCUUAGGUAGGCCGCGAAUUGUGGCGAAUUCGAAAGGAAAAAAGAGAUUGCCAGGUACGAAAUCUCUUUACCAAGCACUCAAAUGCUGUCAAGAUAUUGCGUUUAUUGAUUUUAUUGAACGGUGUUUGAGUUGGGAUCCUUCAAAACGGAUGACACCACAAGAAGCAUUACGGCAUGAAUGGAUGACAACAAAUAAUAAUGGUUUUAUACAGUCAUCCUCCUGA